AACAUUAUUUUCUGUAUCCUGGAGGUAGAGAAAAGUAACGUUUGUGUGGAAUGUAAUCGGAUACAUUGAGUAAUCGGAUUACUGAGUAGAAGUCUUGGGAAAUUCCCCGCCCCCGUUGGUUAGCUCCGCCCCGCUGAAGACGACAUUUGCAGCUCCGUUCCACCAAGCGCACCUUCGGGAAAGUCCACCAUGGACCUGCAGCGGGGUGUCGUGUUCGACGACGGGGACCUUAAGGCCGAUGAGUCGGUCCCGGUUCCGGAGGAGCGGCUGGACAGCGGCCUAGACUCACUGAAGGAGGAGGAGUACCGGGAGGUGGCGGCGGAGCUCCGGGAGCUCCAGCUGGGAGAAGAAAAUCCGCAACGACCUGGAGAACCGCCCGAUUGGCAGAACCAGGUCACCGAGGACGGAGACACUUGGCUCCAUCUGGCCAUCAUCCAUGAGGCCAAAGACUGCAUCAGAACCACCAUAACCCAGUCCAGGAACACACAGUUCCUCAACAGACAGAACCACCAGAGACAGAGUCCUUUGCACCUGGCUGUGGUGACGAACCAGCCUGACGUGUGCCAGCAGCUACUGGCGGCAGGAUGUGACCCCACACUGGUGGACUACAACGGAGACACUCCCCUUCACAUUGCCUGUUACUAUGGUAACCUGUUGUGUUUCUGCGUCCUCACACAAAACAGUCAGUCGGCCGAUCUUAAAGCGGCGAUGGCGGCCUACAACUACCGCGGUCUGAACUGUCUCCAUCUGGCCUCUGUCCACGGCUUCCUUUCACUGGUGGAGAAUUUGGUGGUUCUCGGAGCCGACGUCAACGCACAGGAGCAGUGUAACGGUCGCAGUGCGUUGCACCUGGCUGUGGACCAGCAGAAUCUCUCAUUGGUUCAGCUCCUGCUGAAAAAUGGAGCUGACCCAAACCAUGUGACCUACGGAGGUCACUCUGCUUUCCAUUUGACUUACGGCCGCCAGAAUGUUGAAAUCCAGAAAGAACUGUACCCGCUCACCAGGGCGGAGCUGAGGGAGCUGCCUGAUAGCGAAUCAGAUGACACAGAGGAAGAAGAGGAGGCGGAGUCUGAAGAGGAGGUGUGUUAUGAUGACAUCCAGUGGAACCGUCACUAGCCCACAAGGACGUCAGAGGCUGUGAGCUGAUGGCGGCGUGGACGAUGUGGCAGAGAUUGAACAAGCCCCUGAGCCCCCUGCAGGUGGUGCCAGACGUGCUGUGGACUGUGUCCUGGCGUGUUGUAUGAUAUGUAAAUGCUGUGUAUACUGAGAUGUAUUUUUUAAUGGAAGCUGAAUAGGCCAAUUAAAUUAAAGUGUGUCAAACGCU